AGGAGAGAGAGAGAGAGAGGAAACGUCCACAACUAUAUAAAGAGGAAAACUUUCCAUUGACUCGUGACAGUCCAGCGAGAUCCGACGCGCUUGGCUCUUGCGACUAGCCAAAGAAAAACAAACCACUUUCCUUAAAAUCAUGCGUUUAUCGGUUCUGAUUGUUGUUCUCCUCGUCGGCGUGACAGUGCUGGAGGCCGGACCAAUCCCUCAAAACAAACGCGCUAAGUGGAAGCCUAAGGCCAUUCGUGAUAAAGAAGCAGCCGAGGCUAAGGCCGCCGAAGAGGCCGCGGCCAAAGCAACUGAGGAAUCAGCCAAAGUAGCAGCCACAACCGAAGAGGCCAAAAAGGCUGAAGAAGUCAAAGCGGUGGAAACAACGGCGCAAAAUGUCCAAGCGGAUCAAGUGAUAACCAAAGCCGUUUCCGAAGCUCCGGCCACCGUCCUGGCUGACGACGAUGCGUCCAGCAAAGUGUGCCAUCCUGAAAGUGAAAAGAAAUCUACAAAGACAGAGGUCGAAGAAAAAUCUGAGCAGGUUGCAGCCGUCGUAGUAGCUGAAGCUGCCAUCGUCGUAGAGGAACCCACCGUUGUUGUUGCGGAUGAACCUGCGGCCACUGAAUCUGCAGUUGUUGCAGACGAAAUAGUUGUUGUAAACGAAGCACCCGCCGUAUUGAUAGCGGAUGAACCUGCUACUAUCGUUGUAGACGAACCUGCUGUUGUCAAGGUAGAAGAAUCAGGUCCCGCCGUAUAAGGUAGCGCCAAACAGGGCUGGUCAUCGAGCCAGCAUUAUGGUUUUAUCAGUUGUUUGCAGUUCAACAUCCUAAGAAGUAAAAAACGAAUAUUAUGUAUACGCCAGUAAUCUGAUAACGUCUUUUUACAGCACCAAGAGGAGCCAGCAUAAAGAUUUCAUGUCUCGUUUUUCGCCCUACUAUUGUCUUCUGCUCUUUCAUCGCCAAUUGUUCAGACCAUCACAUACGAGUCGUCAUUUUUUUUUUCCUUUAUCGUUCGUCCUGGAUAAAACUUAAAAAAUUGUAAAAAACAAAGCAAAAAUACAAGGUGAACGUUAUUAUUAAA